AUGAACGACCAGGGUUGUAAGAAUGCCAGUGACUGCACGGUUUCCCGCCUGCUCAAUGUGGUGGAAAGUGAGCUCCAGGCAGGGAGGGAGAAAGGGGACCCCACAGAAAAGCAGCUUCAGAUAAUCCUGGAGGAUGCAGCCCUUUGGCAGAGAUUCAAGGAAGUCACUAAUGAAAUGAUCGUGACCAAGAAUGGCAGACAGUUGAUUAGGUGUAAGUCGAAAGUCAACUGGGUAUCGAACCUAGAAUGUUAUCGUCUGAGUGAGGCAAGCUGUGUUAGCAUUUUCCAGCUUCCUAAGAAUGGAAAGAAAGAACAAGAGGAGUUAUUCUUGUAUCUACUUUUCCUGUGUCUGAGACGCAUGUUUCCUGUCUUGAAGAUCAGUGUAACUGGGUUGGAUCCCAACGCCAUGUACUCCUUCCUGCUAGACUUCACCCCGACUGACAGUCACCGGUGGAAAUAUGUCAAUGGUGAAUGGGUGCCAGCCGGCAAGCCAGAAGCCUCCAACCACAGCUGCGUCUAUAUCCACCCAGAUUCUCCCAACUUUGGUGCCCACUGGAUGAAAGCCCCCAUCUCCUUCAGCAAAGUGAAGCUUACCAACAAACUCAAUGGAGGUGGGCAGAUAAUGCUGAACUCUCUGCAUAAAUACGAACCCCAGGUUCAUGUAGUUCGAGUUGGCAGUACUCACCGGAUGGUGAUGAAUUGCUCCUUUCCUGAAACUCAGUUCAUAGCUGUGACCGCCUAUCAGAAUGAGGAGAUAACUGCUCUCAAAAUCAAGUACAACCCAUUUGCCAAAGCCUUCUUGGAUGCCAAGGAACGAAACCACCCAAAAGAUGCUCCAGAAGUUAUCUCAGAGAGCCAGCAUGUUACGUACUCCCACUUGGGAGGUUGGCUCAUUUCUAAUCCAGAUGCCAUGUGCACAUCAGGGAACUCCAACUACCAGUACCCUGCUCCUCUGCCUUUGGCCUCUCCCCACUCCCACCAUGGCUGUGAGCACUACUCUGGUCUCCACGGACGCAGGGCAGCUCCCUACCCUCCUCCCUACAUGCAUAGAAACCAUUCUUCUACAGUGAACUUGAUAGAGAGCUCAAGCAAUAGCCUGCAAGUUUUUUCUGGAAACAACAGCUGGACUUCUUUAUCCUCCGCUCCCCAUGCCAGUGUGCUCUCAGUCCCCCAUACCAACGGAGCGGCCUCUCCCCGGCCCAGUCACUACCCUUGCCUAUGGACCAUCAAUAACAACGCCGGGAGCUCCGCUGACCCGGGCCCAUCUGUGCACACCAGCUCUUCAGGCACAUUUCUCCUAGGCAACACAGCUCUGUCCUCACCCCCUUCCUUGACCCCCAUCCAAGUGCCCACUUGUGCCAGCACGGAUACCAUGGGGGAGUCCUCCCUCUCCGGCAUUGCCGUGUCCACCUGGACAGCAGUAACAUCCCAUUCCUUCUGAUGGGGGAGAGGGAGAAGCAUUCUCUCUUUCCGUUAUUGGACAAUCCAAUAAGGUCUGAAAAUUAAGACCAUCCAUGGAGGGACUAUAAACUGAAACCGUAUCUGAUGGAUCCAGAUGGAUCAGACUUCAGACGAUUCUUUCUCUCUUUUCUUAAAGGAGACAAGUUAUCUCACUGAGAGGAGAAGGAAGAGGAGAUUAGUACUACUAAUGUUGGGAAGAGUUGGGGGAACUGGAAUGAGCAUAACAUGGAUUUUUGAGUUAGGUUAAUAUGUUAAAAUGUUAGAAUUAGUUUAGACUUCCCCUUCUCUAUGCUCAAAACAGAUUGAGGAGUCUAAACUUCAAUUAUCUUUUGAAGACAAAGCAGAUUUUUGUUGGUGGAAGGUUGUGGGGAAGGGGUGUCUCUAGAUAUUAUUGUCAGUAAUUACUAGAUUUUUUGGCCGACCUCAAGAGUCAAGAGGAUAAUUAUAAAGAAUGGUAGUUCUGAAACUGGGGAGAGAUGCAUUUAAGGUGUAGCCCGUAUAGCUGUAUGCAUUUCAAACAUUUUUUUUUUCUCAGAUCCAAUCCAAUAGUUAAGAUGAUGCUGAUGGUGCACCAUUUCCCUGCCUUUUCCUCUAACUCUUUACAUGUAC